AUGUCUGAGGAACAUACACCAUCAACAGAGGGUGCUUCCUACUCUGAACAAAUACUAGAGUCAGCAAGAAGAAACAAUACCGAGCUUUUACUUCAAAUCAAGUCGGAAUUGAAUAACGACCAAGAGAAACUUUCACAAUUAAUCAAUAGUACUCAUGAGGUCAUAACAAACAACACCCCCUUACACAUUGCAUGCCGCUUGGGCAACUGGGAAUUCAUAGACAUCGUGUUGGACGUAGAAGGAGUGGAAAUCGAUCCCCAAAACAGGGCGCAAGAAACACCUUUGCAUCUUGCAGUGAAGUAUACCAUUGACGAGCCUGAACAUGGGUAUUUUAUUGUCGAUAACAUGUUGGACGCUGGAUCGGAUCCGAGAAUCAAGGACAAAGAUGGGUUGAAACCAAGAGACUAUGUAAAUAAGGACAAUGAAAAGUUGUUGCAGUUAUUGGAAAGUGCCGAAUACGCUAUAUCAAUGGAAGAUACGGAUCAAGAACGUUUAGCGGCAUUUGAAAAUGAACAAGAGGCAGAGGACGGAUCAGCAUCUGGGUCUGAAUCGGAGUCGGACUAA